CGCUUUUACCCCAGACCAGCCUUCACACGCCAGAGUGCGUGCGCCAAACGUGUGUGAGUGAGCAUCCGACCCACGCUGCCUGCAACAGGACUCGGCUUUUGCUCUAAAGAGGAAAAAAAGAUGGAGAAAAAGAGCGAGAUCAACGGCCACGCCAUGGCCGGCUCUGCGUCCACCGACCGGAUCGUGGAGAAAAGCGCGCAGAAGAGCUUCAGAGAGAAGCUGCUAGAGUUUCUGAGGAAGAACCUGCUGGUGAUCAUGACGGUCUCCGGCGUGCUGGUGGGCGUCGGGCUCGGGAUGAUGGUCCGUAACAUGAGUCUGACCAAGGCGCAGAUGACCUACUUCGCCUUCCCCGGAGAGAUGCUCCUCCGGAUGCUGAAGAUGAUCAUCCUGCCCCUGGUCGUCUGCAGCCUCAUAUCGGGCGCCGCCAGCCUGGACACCCGCUCCCUGGGAAAGCUGGGGGGCAUCGCUGUCGCCUACUUUCUGGUUACCACGUUGAUCGCCUCAGGGAUUGGGGUGACUCUGGCCUUCAUCAUCAAACCCGGAGUGGGCGCAGGAGCCCUGAACACCAACAACCUGGGACUGGAGAGCGUCAGCAGCAACAAGGAGACCACAGACUCCUUCUUAGAUCUGGCCAGGAAUUUAUUUCCGGCAAACUUGGUGGCUGCUGCUUUCCGUUCUUAUGCCACUGACUAUAAGAUGGUCGCUGUAGGAAACGACACUAAUGGGACCAUCCUCUACCAAAAGGUCCCUAUUGGCACAGACACAGAUGGCAUGAACAUUCUUGGUCUGGUAUUAUUUGCCAUGGUGUUUGGUGUGGCGCUGCGGAAACUGGGAGAAGAGGGAGAGGAACUCAUUCGUUUCUUCAAUGCUUUCAAUGAGGCCACUAUGGUGCUGGUGUCCUGGAUCAUGUGGUAUGUCCCCAUUGGCAUCAUGUUCUUGGUGGGUAGUAAGAUUGUGGAGAUGGAAGAUGUGGUUCUUCUGGUCACCAGUCUGGGAAAAUACAUCUUUGCUUCGAUCCUGGGCCACAUCAUCCAUGGAGGCAUUGUCCUCCCUCUUAUCUACUUUGGCUUCACACGCAAGAACCCCUUCAGUUUCCUGUCAGGCCUCAUCACACCCUUCACCACAGCCUUCGCCACCUGCUCCAGUUCAGCAACUCUUCCCUCCAUGAUAAAGUGCGUGGAGGAGAACAAUGGUAUAGACAAACGCAUCAGCCGCUUCAUCCUACCCAUUGGGGCCACAGUUAACAUGGAUGGAGCAGCCAUUUUCCAGUGCAUUGCCGCAGUUUUCAUCGCUCAGCUCAACAAUGCUGAGCUGAAUGCUGGACAAAUCUUCACCAUUCUGGUGACAGCCACAGCCUCCAGUGUCGGUGCUGCGGGUAUCCCUGCCGGUGGCAUCAUCACCAUCGCCAUCAUCCUGGAGGCCAUCGGCCUGCCGACCAAUGACCUGUCCCUCAUGCUGGCUGUUGACUGGAUUGUGGACCGUACCACUACGGUUGUGAAUGUGGAGGGUGAUGCUCUGGGUGCAGGAAUCCUCCACCACAUCAACCAGCAGGAGAUGAAGAAGCGGCAUCAUCAGGAGGAGGAGCUGGCGGAGGUCCGGGUGGAGGCGGUGGCCAACGCCCAGGCAGAGGAGGAGACAUCGCCACUCGUCACACACCAAACCAAAGCCUUAGAAGCCACGCCGGAAGCCAUCGAGUCUGUCCUGUGAACUCAGACUUUCUUGCUCCUUGACCUUUUGACAUCUCUGACAUUGCUGCUGAUGGGGCACUAUUGUGACUCUGUGUCCUUUAAAAAAAAAAGAAAAAAGAAAAACAAGGUCACUGAUGAUUUCACUUGUGCCAUAAGUACAGUCUGUCUACAGCGGAGACAGUCCACAGUGCACCUGGUGCUGCUGUUGUUUUUCAGUUAUGUUUCCAUCAAAAUAUUUUAACUCAAAUUAGGUUUUAAUGAACUUCAGAAUUGUUUAUAUUCAUCAUAUUUCCUCAAUUAUUUAAGUCAAAUUUUUAGGUAUUUUUGAAAAAUUUUCAUUGAAGGAUUUUGCCAUAAGCAGUGCUGGAAACAUACUAAAAUAGGCCUAAAACAUUCCUAUAAAUAUCAUAGUUCAGUUUUUCUCGUGUGCUGUAUGAUACACUCAUGGCCAUAAGUUUGUACAUUAGAGUAUCAUCAUGUGCAUUUCUUUGUUUUUAUCUUCAGACAGCAAAUAUCAUGACCAACAUAACUGUAGAACACUAACAACAUGCCAAACAUAUUGUCUAACAAAAGCUUGACAGUGUCUGUCAAAACCUAAUGACGGAGUGGAUCACUUCGUGUCAGCUGGUAGGAUAGUUUGUAUUCACGUUUUACUUGUUAAGCCUAUUUGCUGUUCUUUCUUUGAAAAUCUGGAUGGAAAAAAAAAUUAUCUAUUGCAAAGUCACCUUAGAUUGAUAUGUGAACUACUUGUUCCAAAUUUUCAAACAGUUGUUUGCUGUAAUCCAGAGAGAUGUUUAGAAGGCAUGUGCAGACUUGUGUUUGCUGACUGUCAACAGAUAAUGUCAAACAUUAACUCUUCAAAUCACAGGUUAAGUAUUUGGCCUAUUUUCUGGACCAUUCUCUUGUAACUUAUUAGGGACCCGUUGGCCCAAUAUGGUAAAGCAAUUUGGACAUUGCAACAUAAGUAUUACAGUAAGUUCUCUUGGGAAAACCCACUGAUACAACUUAUACCCCCUGACUAUUUAACCUUGAGUAAACACAGAAUUGGGUUAUUUACGUAACCAUGGGUCUCUAAAUCACCAAUACCAUGGAAAAAAAUAGCCAACUACAAACAUGUCUAAUAUUAGCUUCCUGUUUUCAGGCUGUUCCCAAACAUUUUCAAAGCUUGUUGCUGUAAUUUUAGAAAACAUCUGUACACCUGCCAUGCCAGUUAGCUCCCACAACUGCAUUAAUGCAUCAGCUCUUUUUGAAUCUGGAGAAAUUUUUUUGAUAGAUUUCUUAGCAUUUUUUAAAAACUUCUACUUUAAAACAUUCAAUUAAUGCUUCUCUUUACUGGUUAAAAUAGUUAUUACUAGUUGCUGUUGAGAAGUCUGUCUUAAAAGUAGCUAGUUUGGUUUGGGUUUUCUUGCUAGCUAAUUAGCCAGCUAAAGCUGUGCUAACAUGAUGUGUGCAUAGCUAAUGUUCAGGUGUUUAGACAACAGUCAUGGCUAGCUAAUUUGAUGUGUUAGUUCAAUAGCAAUUGUAACAAAGUAAUGAGGUAUAAUAAGGUGUGAAAACAUUAACUUAUAGUACAAAGGUUAGUUCCCAGUCAAAAACAGGCACUAAACUAACUAGAAACUGCAAAGUAGGAGCUGCUAAAGAGCAACCCUAUAGUGUCGCCCUGAAGUUGAAGACCUCCAACGUGACCACAAGGCUUCUGGAUGAGUUGUUGACACUAUUGAAAACACACUUACGGUGUGUAAUAACAGUUAAUUUAACAUUAGCUUGCAAGUACUGUACACAGUUGCUUGACAUCAUGAAAACACUCCAGUCUCCCUUUUUAUCAAAGAAGCGAUAUCUGACUUACAGAUGUCAGCAAAUAAAGUCAAUAGUUCACAGUGUUUUGUUUGAGAAAUCACAGCAAAUCCAUGGGAAAUUCACUCAAAAAUCUAAUGUUUACACUCAAAUACUGGACCAAAAUGCAUGAUGAGUUCACAUCAUAUUGAAUGUCACUAUUUUGUGAAUCCAUCCAAUGAUUUCGGGGUGAUUGUUUUCAUUGGUGUCUCCGAGGUUUGGCAUGAACCUACAGUGGAAGUUAUAUGAAGUUUAUUUAUCUUCAUAUCUAAAUAGCUUGUGAGAGUAGAGGUGACCCUUCAGUACAUCCAAAGUUCUGUCACAUCAUCUGAAUCUUGUUUUUCUCACUUACUGGUCAUCAUGAGCUCACUGACUCACACUCAAAGCAUAUUUUUUUUCCAUCAGUGUGAUCAAUGAUUGUGGUUAUGAGAUCAUUUUAAAGGGAACAUGGAUCAUUGCCAUUAUCACAGGUCAUUUUUAAAGAUUUUUUGUAAAGUGUAGAUAGUUCUCUAAAUUACUGAGUAGUGCUUUUCCUUGAUCUAGGAAAAAGCACCUGCUACCGCUGGUGUCCACACAGUGCCAUGUGUGGUUUGACAUGAUGGACACUGCCAAGUCAGCCAUGGUUUAGCUGCAGGCUGACAGGAUGAGCCUGUGCUGCUCUCUAGUGGCAUUAAUGCGAAAUUGCUAAACUGAGCAUAACCGCUUUCCUUCCUGUGUUUGGCUGGAACACCUGGCAUAUCAGUAGUAAUAUUUCCUAUUUAUUUGAUCUGUUAUUUAACAUUUGUGGCCAGCAGCUGGUGAUGAGGCUGUUUUUUCUUGUGAUAUUAUUUUGUGUUUUAAAGUCAAGACCACUAAUAGGUUGGAGAUCUUUACCGUGUGUGAAAGGAGCUCAUUCGUGUCAUUGUCCCCUUGUGUUUCAUCAUGAUGGGGUGGUGCAGCCUUGUCUGCCGAUCGCAGUUAGGAAUCUGUCUGCUUUAAUAAAGUAGUAUGUUUAACAGUUUCAUUAAAUAUUUCUCAGAUGACUUUUCUAACUGCUCUGUUUACCUAAGGUUUAUGACUAGGUCUGUUAAAUAUACUGUAUAUGGUACAAUCACAUAAUCACAUAUAAUGAGGCACACACACACACACACACACACACACACACACACACACACACACACACAUGCACGCACGCACGCACACACACACACAAACAUAUUUGAUAUUAAUUUAUUGUAAUUCAUUUUAUUUUUGUAUUAUUUGGACUUUCUCCUCCUAACACUUUCCUGCAGUGUCAGAGUUUUUAUUACAAUACACGUUUUUUAAAAAUAAAUUCUUCUGCUAGUGUUCCUGUUAACCUGUUAUUAGAAGUACUUUAAUUUGGGCUGCUUUUUUUUUUUUUUGUUCCUUAGAAAAGCUGCUCCCCUGCUUGUGCCAUGUCGAUGUCUAACACUGUCUCUUUGCUGUUGGUCCUGCUGUCUGUCAACAAUAAAGCUGAUUUUUUCAUGCAA